AUGGCCGGUGCGGCGGAGAAAUCAAACGGCGGGGAGGAUGGCGGGCAGCACACGUUUGCAGUCAAGACGAACAGCAGCGUGUACAACGCUGUCGCGAAGAUCCUGCGCGGCCUGCCCGGGUGGACGGAGACCUCGUCAUCGCAGUUCUGCGACCUGCUUCUCGGUGAGCGCUGGGACAUGCCGUGGCCGCUGCUCGCCGCGGAGCCCCAGGGCCGGCGUCCGGGCGCAGUGAACCACGUGCGAGGUACGCGCCAGGUGACCGUCAAGGGUCUGAUGCGCAAGUCGCUGGCGGACGCGACGGCGCACGGGCCGCAGCAGGACUACAACGAGAACAGGGACGUGUUCGUGCCGCAGACGUUCCUGGUCGUGCCGCGCGCUCCGGGCGCCGAGCAGACCGCGGACUGCGAGCGCGAGGCCUUCACGGCAGCUGCGAGGGACGGCGGAGCGGUGUGGGUGUGCAAGCCGACGGCGGGGUGCCACGGCAGCGGCAUCCGGCUGUUCCGCGACCCCACCGCUGCGCUCGAGUACGUGGACGGCCACUUCGUGCCCAGGGACUCCCCCGCGGGGAGCGAGCACGGCAGGACUGACAGCGACUCAAGCGGGGCGCCGCGACCCCCGGCGAAGCCGUGGCUGGCCCGCCGCCGCGCCAAGCCGCAGGCAGCGUGGCUCGCACAGCGGUGCGUGGACCCACCGAUGCUGAUCGACGGCCGCAAGUUCGACAUUCGCGCGGUGGGCGCGAUCGCGGACGACCUGUCGGUGUGGUUCUACGGGGAGUACAUCCUGCGCAUGUGUAGCGAGCCGUACGACGGGAGCGACAUCGACUGCCCCUUCCGGAACAUCUCCAACCACUGCAUCCAGGUCGAGUCCGAGAACUACGGGAAGGGCGAGGAGGGCAACGAGCGCUUCUCCGCGUCCCUCAGGGAGGCGCUGGCCCGGCAGCACGGCCCAGAGGAGGGCGCGCGGAUCGCGGCGGACAUUGAACGGCAGAUGGAGGCUGCCGUGCUGGGGUGCGUCGGGGCGUGCCGGGGGUACCUGUCGCGGCGCGGGUCCGAGCGGCAGUACGGGUGCGUGCAGAUCCUGGGGAUGGACUUCAUCAUUGACUCAGGGUACAAGGUGUGGCUGUUGGAGGCCAACGGGAGCCCCGCGGUGGCUGAACGCAUGCUGCCGGACUUCGCGCGGGACGUGGUCGGGACGCUCCUGCGGCCCAUGGUCGAGGGAGCGCCGGCGAGGACUGGGCAUUUCCGGUGCAUCCAGCCCGCGCCUGAUUCGUAG